AUGGGCUUGGGCCAUGAGCAAGGUUUUGGUGCACCCUGCUUGAAAUGCAAGGAUAAGUGUGAAGGAUUUGAGCUUCAUUUCUGGAGAAAAAUAUGCCGUAACUGCAAAUGUGGCCAGGAAGAGCAUGAUAUCCUCACAAGCAACGAGGAAGAUCGGAAAGUGGGGAAGCUCUUUGAGGAUACAAAAUACACAACCCUUAUUGCAAAGCUGAAGAAUGAUGGCAUUCCCAUGUAUAAGCGCAAUGUAAUGAUACUGACUAAUCCAGUGCCGGCCAAGAAGAACAUAUCCAUCAAUACUGUGACUUUCGAGUGGGCUCCUCCUGUUCAGAAUCAGACACUUGCUAGACAGUAUAUGCAGAUGCUACCAAAGGAGAAGCAGCCUGUUGCUGGCUCAGAAGGCGCGCAGUACAGGAAAAAGCAGUUGGCUAAGCAGCUGCCUGCUCAUGAUCAGGAUCCUUCAAAAUGCCACGAGCUCUCCCCCAGCGAAGUUAAGCAGAUGGAACAAUUUGUGAAGAAGUACAAAAACGAGGCGCUUGGUGUAGGAGAUGUCAAGCUCCCUGCUGAGGUGGAAACGAGAGCUCCUGACAAGAAUAACUUGGACAAUGGUGAUAGAGGUACCUCAGCUGCUGUAGGAGUGAUGGAAGACAAGUCCUCAGAUCAGAAGGCAUCUCAGUAUUCCUGCUAUCGCUGCAAACUGAACAUGAAAGAAGGUGACCCAGCUGUCUAUGCAGAACGUGCUGGAUAUGAUAAACUCUGGCACCCAGCAUGUUUUGUCUGUUGCACCUGCAGUGAACUUCUAGUAGACAUGAUCUAUUUCUGGAAGAAUGGCAAUCUGUAUUGUGGAAGACAUUAUUGUGAUAGCGAAAAACCCCGCUGUGCUGGAUGUGAUGAGCUGAUAUUCAGCAACGAAUAUACUCAAGCAGAAGGUCAAAACUGGCAUCUGAAACACUUCUGCUGUUUUGACUGUGAUUGUGUUUUGGCUGGAGAAAUCUAUGUAAUGGUGAAUGACAAGCCAGUCUGCAAACCCUGCUAUGUGAAGAACCAUGCUGCGAUCUGCCAAGGCUGUCAUAAUGCCAUAGAUCCAGAAGUUCAGCGUGUGACAUACAACAAUUUCAACUGGCAUGCUACACAGGAAUGCUUCAUAUGUUCCUGUUGCAGCAAGUGUCUAAUUGGCCAGAAGUUCAUGCCAGUGGAAGGGAUGGUCUUUUGCUCUGUUGAAUGUAAGAAAAAGAUCAUGUCGUAAGAGAAGACAUGCACAGAACCAAGCAAUGCUUCAUUCCAAAGGCAUUUAAGAUUGUUGAAAGUAUUAAUGAGCAUUUUUCCAAAGCUGUUUUAAUGACUAAGACUUGCUAUAUAAUCUUCAUUUCUUAGUUGUAAUAAUUCUUUCUUUUCUGGAAUAUUGUUCCUGAGUCUUAUGUCAAGUGUCUUCAUGUCCCAGAAAUGUAAGAAAAAAUGUGUUGUGAGCUAUGUACACUUUAAGGGAGCAUGUCACUCUGAAGGAUCUUUUUGCUUUAUCUUGACUAAUGGAAAAAGACUUUGUGAAAAUGCUCCCAUUUUUCUUGGUCUGUAUGAUAAAUGUAACUUUUCCACUUCCAGUUUCACUAAAUUAUUUUUAGUUUCCCUGCUUUCAUCAAGCACUUUAGACAAAAUGAUCAGCUUUAUUGCCACAUGUGGUUUUGUCUGCUAGACCUCAAGCACACAGGGAGAAUGGAUCUUUAAAAAAAAAAAAAUUGCCUCAUUUGCAUGUUGUGGACACAGGUCUUUGAGGGAUAGUGACUGCUCUCAUAUCUAGUCCUUCAGGUAAUUCCACCAGUAGAAAACUGUGGUGGAUUAUGAUUUGUAGAACUGUUUGUGCCUGGAAAAGUUUUGAUUUUUAUGAAUGUCAAAUUUACUUUCUAGAUUUUUGGGAGGAAGGGGUCAUAUAAGAGAAGGUCUUGCUGAGAUUAAAAAAAAAAUAAAAUCCACCAAUGUUAGAGCAUGUCACUUACCAGGACUGGUUUCUGUGUUUCUUGGUUAUUUGAGGUUUUUUAUGACUGUUUGCCUUCUGUCAGAGGAACAAAACACCACAUGCAUUUCCAAGAAUGUAAUUCUGUAAAAGGAACUUGUUUAGGCUUUUGAUUUACAAGUUCUUAACCAAAGCACAAAGACUUCCAGUAUUUGAGUCUAAUAAAUAUCACAGCUGUGUAUUAGCUUUGCAUACUAGAUAAACCAAAUGUGUAGUUCUUUCUUCUUAAGACUUACAGAUCUACAAUGAAACUUGGUAGCUAUCUUUGUGCAAAACAAUGAAUGGAAGGUUUUCUGGCCUAAAAAAAAUUUACAAAAAAUAAAUCUAUGCAAGUCUUAUGUUCAACUCUUAAGUUUUAUGGUAGCUAUAUUGUAACAUCUAUAAAUAAA